AUGUGCCAAGCGCCGAUACAACCCCUGCCAUACCGUGAACUUGCCAUGGGUGGCGCGCGUUCGGCCUCCAAAAAAAAUAGCAGCUCUGACUUGCACAGUCGCCUGAAGACGAGAAAAGUUUUGGGCGUCGGUGAACGACGAGAGGAUGGGAACGUUUAUCGUUCGAAGGUAAGCCAAAUUUUGGGCCAUUCAGACUUCAUCGACCAGAAACUUCCACGAGGAUUCGGUCUUUCGAUUGACCUGAACCUGAUCUACUUUGUUGUGCUAGGGCUGCUGUACAUGUGCUACCCGCAAAUUACCGCCUUCGAAACGUCUUUUGCGACGAAAGCCAACAACCAGUACGUUCGACUCUUCGGUGCCGCACUUUUGGUACAAGCUUUCGUGUACCACGGCAUCGUCAGUACCAAUGACUCGUGUAUCAUUUCCAUUGGCGUUCUCUCAUGCUGUUUGUUUUACACCGGGACGCUAAUAAGUGAUAGCUACGACGGCGGUGAUCACUCGCUUGAUCCGUUGUAUAUCAAUGCCUCUCAGAGCACUGAGGGCGAAGGACGGACAGACGAAUGGCGCCACGGCUCCAAGAUCGUCGCCCUCGGCUGA